AUGCCCACUUCAGAUAUUGGAACAGCUGAAGAGGACAUGGCUGACCCCAAGUUCAUUGGGACAGAAAGGACUACACAAGAGGAAGCCAGCGAGAGAAGUGGUGCUCCUGUUCGAGUAGCAAAGAGACUUCAAAUUAGCAUCAAGGCUGAAGCAGUGGAAAAUGUAACACAAACUGGAAAAAUAAGAACAAUGAUCUUACCUGUUAUUUAUCUCAUUGAGCGUGCAACUAUUGAUUCAGAAACAGCAAAAAUGAUCAAAUCCCAGCUUCUUCUCAUGGAGUUUACAGAAAAUGCCAGCUAUCUGUUUUUGUCAGUUGGACUAUUACUGGCGAUUGUAGCAUUUAUCCUGGCCAUUGUGACACGCCAGAAGAAAAAGCAUCAGGCAGCCAAUGAUACUUCAAGGAGCAAGGAAAAACACACUCCAGAUAACAACUAUGAAUCAAUGCACUCCUUUUAACAACUUGAUUCCCUACCAAAAGUUCAUGCAAUAUCAAGUGAUGCCCAGGCUGCAAAAAAAGAAUUGUGCCUAGAGGAUCAACAGUAUGAAGACCAAAAUACAGAUUCAGAUCUAGAUGUUUCAAGGGCAACAUUUGAUAAAUCAGCUUACGACAUAUCUUCUGAAUGAAUCUUAAAUUGUAAUGAUUAAAAUGUAACAACAGAAACAGACACAUCAGACUGAUGGAAAAUAAAAUUCAGUACACAACUACACUUCACAAAAUAUUUACUUCUGUUGCUGCUUCAUAACUGACAUUCUGUCUAUUGU